GACUGCGGCUUCAUUUUUGCAGGGGUAAAUAUCCUUCUAAUAACAAACAGCAAUGAUGCCUUAGGAGAGGACUGACAGAGGCUCCUCACCGGCUCCUUCUCACGGCUUCUCCGAAGAAUUGUUUGAUUUGGAAAUCUAUGUUGGCUGUCCAGAAUAUGAAAUUUGGCAUCUUCCUUUUGUGGUGGGGAUGGAUUCUGGCUGCUGAGAGCACAGUGCGCUGGCCAGGAAGAGAAAUUCAUGAGCCCUCCAGGAAAGGCAGCAGACCUCAGAGACAGAGACGAGGAGCACAUGAUGAUGCCCACAAGCAAGGCAGCCCAAUUCUGAAACGAAGCUCCGACAUAACCAAGUCGCCUCUCACCAAGUCAGAGCAGCUGCUCAGGAUAGAUGACCAUGAUUUCAGCAUGAGGCCUGGCUUCGGAGGCCCGGCCAUCCCUGUGGGUGUGGAUGUACAAGUGGAGAGUUUGGACAGCAUCUCAGAGGUGGACAUGGACUUCACCAUGACCCUCUACCUGCGGCACUAUUGGAAAGAUGAGAGGCUAUCUUUUCCGAGCACUAACAAUCUCAGCAUGACCUUCGAUGGCCGGCUUGUGAAGAAGAUCUGGGUUCCUGACAUGUUCUUUGUGCACUCCAAGCGCUCCUUCAUCCACGACACCACCACAGACAACGUCAUGCUUCGGGUACAGCCAGAUGGGAAAGUCCUGUACAGCCUCAGAGUCACAGUGACGGCAAUGUGCAACAUGGACUUCAGCAGGUUUCCCCUGGACACGCAGACCUGCUCCCUGGAAAUCGAAAGCUAUGCCUACACAGAAGAUGACCUCAUGCUCUACUGGAAAAAAGGCAACGAUUCCUUAAAGACAGACGAGAGGAUCUCCCUCUCGCAGUUCCUCAUCCAGGAGUUCCACACCACCACAAAACUAGCCUUCUACAGCAGUACAGGCUGGUACAACCGUCUGUACAUCAACUUCACUUUGCGCCGUCACAUCUUCUUCUUCUUGCUCCAAACCUAUUUCCCAGCCACCCUGAUGGUCAUGCUGUCCUGGGUGUCCUUCUGGAUCGACCGCAGAGCUGUGCCUGCCCGAGUUCCCUUAGGCAUCACCACGGUGCUGACCAUGUCCACCAUCAUCACGGGCGUGAACGCCUCCAUGCCCCGAGUGUCCUACAUCAAAGCCGUGGACAUCUACCUCUGGGUCAGCUUCGUGUUCGUGUUCCUCUCAGUGCUGGAGUACGCAGCCGUCAACUACCUGACCACAGUGCAGGAGCGGAAAGAACGGAAGCUCAGGGAGAAGAUCUCCUGCACCUGCGGACUGCCCCAGCCCCGAGCAGUGAUGCUGGAUGGCAGCUACAGUGAUGGCGAGGUGAAUGACCUGAGUGGCUACAUGCCUGAGAAUGGAGAGAAGCCUGACAGGAUGAUGGUACAGCUAACCCUGGCCUCUGGGAGGAAAAGCCAGAGAGGCAGCUAUGUGAGCAUGAGGAUCAACACCCACGCCAUUGAUAAAUACUCCAGGAUCAUUUUCCCAGCCGCUUACAUCUUAUUCAAUCUGAUAUACUGGUCAAUUUUCUCCUAGAAUUCCGUAAAUCCCACCUUCUUCAUGGUUUGUAUGCACUUCAGAAACUGUUGUAAAAUGACAACGUAUGGCUGAAAACCACCCCAGUGCCCACUGGGUUUUCACCGUCCCGUAUUUAGCUGUCCAAAGCUGUACUAACAAGACACCUUUUUUUUUUUUGCAUGUAUUAAUCAUCAGUUAUGCACACAGCAUCAUACAAGAGGUUGCAGGAAUUUGUCAUGAUAGCAACUGAUAUCAACUUUCCCCAGGUCGCAGGAAGCGCACAGAGGCUACAUGUGGACAUGCUGCAAUUCAGAGUUAGGGUCCUGGAUGCUGUUCACAUGGGGACUUCCUUCACGGUGUGCUUUGGACUAGGUAGAGCUGGGAGUACCUGAAUAAAAGUCACCUGCACAGAGCCCACAUUCACACAAACCCAUCCUGAUGAAGGGCCAUGCUCCCGCCUGUCCCUGCACCUGCUCUGCGUCCACCAUAGUUAAUGAAGGGCAGCAGUGCCCAUAGGAUCUCUUUACCAAGCUGUAGGAAUCUCCCCUUGUAAGAAAUGCUCUUCAGAACGCUGACUUUCCUCUGGUAGAGAAACUGAAGACAGGGAUACGUGUAUGCAUUUUGUCUGUUUGCGGAGGUGAGUAAGCUAGAGAACCACGGUCCUUCCUCUGCUUUCUGGUCAUUGUUUUGUACCUCUCUACCAUGAAGCAGGGGCUUCUUCAAAAUGAAGUCUUUUCUCAGUAGCAUGAUAUUAUAACUGAGGAGCUUGAAGAAGCAUUAAUUUCUCCCAAAUAAUCAGCAUUUCUGAGAAACUUGGGGCUGCUUAUACCUCAUGAAAAUGAGAAACACACAAUUUCUUCAGAGAAAAUAACAUAAAACCCAGGUGGUGGUGGUGGUGGUGGUGGUGCAUGCCUUUAAUCCCAGCACUCAGGAGGCAGAGGCA